AUGUCACCAAAUGUAUACAGAUCGCUGAAAGCUCAGCUUCUCUCGCGCAUACAACCAUUGUAUGAGCUUGUGGCAGUCCCCCGCGAGGCGCCUGAAAAGGUGGAUUAUGGAGACAUUGAUCUAGUGGUAGCGUAUCCGCGCGCUGGACUGACACACCAGAUGGUGACCGAGGCAUUGCGUGCGACGUGCAGCGUUCCUCCAGAUGGAGGCCGGGUCACCAACUUUGCGCUCGCGGCAAUCGCAUUUCAGCUGGGAGAUAAAGACGUGUCAGCAAAGAACGGCGCAGCGCAGGUAUUUUAUCAGGUUGACAUCAACGUUAUGGCGGACAAAGCAGAGUGGGAGGACCAGAUGUUCACAAGCUCUUACGGAGAUGUUGGCCUGAUAUUGGGCCAGAUGACCCGCACGAUCGGGCUGUCGUUUGGAGUGCACGGAUUGAAGUUUGCGGAUCCUUUGCCCACGAGGCCGCCGAUAGCAUUUCACAUAUGUAACACACUCUCACCGAUACUUGCGUACUUCGGUCUCUCCAUGGAUCGAUGGGCUAUAGGAUUUUCCAGCCAGCUAGAGAUCUUUGACUGGCUGGCGACGUCCACCCUCUUUGACCCAUGCGCUAUCGUAAACCAUCACGAGAAACUCUCCACCGUGGAUAAUAGCAAGGAAAGAGGGCGCAAAGCUCGAGCGAUGUUUCAGAAUUUCGUGCUGUAUGCUCGAGAGCGUGCAGAGAACAAGAUCCGUCGCCAAGUGGACGAGGUCUUCAGCGGAAGCCUUGUCCAGGAGUGGACAGGCGUACGCAGCGUCCCGGUGAGGUGGGUGAUGGAUGGCGUACGAGAGCGGUUGACAGCUAGAUAUACCAAGCAGCAUCUGGAUGAUAAUAGGGGCCAAGAUGAUAUUGGAAAUCUUGACCUCAACCGGGAGCUGCAGGACGAGCGCGAGAGAAAAAUGGCUUGCAUUGCGUCCUGGGAGCUUGUACUCUCAACCAUGUCACUUGAUGACGUGCGUGCGGAGGUUGUCGAGGUUAAGGAUGAGAUGGAGGUCGCUGGAAAGCUGAUCUACGACUGGAGAGCGGCCAAGGCAGAGAAAGCCGAGAAGAGGAGAGCGGUAGAGCAAAGCAUGAAGGACCUGAACUCAGACAUGACCGCGUUGUCAGUGAAGGAUGACUAG